GUCUGCAUCUCUCCCUGUCAGGCAGUUAGGGGAUUCGUCGCCUCCUUCCCUGAGCUUGCACUUUUCUUCAGUUGCUCUGAUCCGCUUUGAUCGACUCCGGGUACGGGGCUGCGUUAUCGAUUAAAAAAGAGAAAGCCUGGGCCUGGGCCCCCUUCCUCCUUCCUCCACCCCACUUAACUUCGUUUAAAAAUUGACUUCAGGGGAGGACCAAAGACGUGCUUUCUGCCCCGGCGAUGAACCGUUUACUUGACCAUAAUCGAUAAGGCAGCUGCAUUCCAGCUGAAUUCUGAAGAUUGAUCCAAGGGACUGUGUUAAUUUCAGGAAUUGAUUUGAAAGACAUUGGCUCUGCCACUUAACAGCCAUGUAACCUUAGUGAGCCAUUAAUAGAGCCAGCACCCAAGCAACAAGAGUGGCCCCACCAAGCUCCUUUCCUUCCCCUGGAACUACGCUCAGCAUCUCAGCAUCAAGGCGCCAGAGUUUCGAACUGUGUCUAUAUGGAAGAAAGCAGCAGUGUUGCCAUGUUGGUGCCAGAUAUUGGAGAGCAGGAAGCUAUAUUGACUGCUGAAACUGUCAUCAGUUCAUCAUUGGAAAUUGAUGAACAAAGAAAAGUUAAAACAGAUCCAUUGAUCCACGUUAUCCAGAAGUUAAGCAAGAUAGUAGAACAUGAAAAGUCACAAAAAUGUCUCUUAAUUGGGAAAAAACGUUCACGUUCAAGUGCCACAACACACUCUCUUGAAGCCCAAGAACUUUGCGAGAUUCCAGCUAAAGUAACCCAGUCGCCUGCUGCCGAGAUUAGGAGGGCUGAGAUGUCGCAGAUACAUUUUACCCCUGGCUCUCUUACCCAGAACGAUGGGAAGGCUAUGUCUUACCAAUGUAGCCUUUGCAAGUUUCUAUCAUCAUCAUUCUCUGUGUUAAAAGAUCAUAUCAAGCAGCACGGUCAGCAGAAUGAAGUGAUACUAAUGUGCUCAGAGUGCCAUCUUACAUCUAAAAGCCAAGAGGAACUUGAAGCUCAUGUGGUAAAUGACCACGAAAACGAUGCCAACAGUCAUGCUCAAUCCAAAGCCCAACAGUGUGUAAGCCCCUCCAACUCUUUAUGUCAGAGACCCACAGAAAGAAAGAAUGAAACCACUUCUGACAUCGCAGUGACUGCAGACAGUCCGAAAACUAAGACUGCCCACAAUGCAUCCAUGGCAGAAAUGGGUAAAAGGAAGUGGUAUGCAUACGAACAGUAUGGCAUGUAUCGAUGCUUGUUUUGUAGUUAUACCUGUGGCCAGCAGAGAAUGUUGAAAACACAUGCUUGGAAGCAUGCCGGGGAGGUUGAUUGCUCCUAUCCAAUCUUCGAAAAUGAAAAUGAGCCCCUAGGCUUGCUGGACUCUUCAGUGGUUGCUGAGCCUGGUGGGCUGGAUGCAGUAGUCAUUGCUAUUGGAGACAAUGAACUAAGCAUCCACAACGGGCCUUCAGUACAGGUGCAGAUUUGCAGCUCAGAAACCUUAUCCUCUUCAUCUCCUUUAGAACAGAGUGCGGAAGGGAGAGUUCAUCUAGGUCAGUCAGUUACUCUUGACCCUAACGAGGAAGAAAUGUUAGAGGUGAUCUCUGAUGUAGAGGAGAAUCUGAUUGCUGAUAGUCUACUCUCAUCUGCACAGAAGAUCAUUAGUAGUAGCCCAAAUAAAAAAGGUCACGUUAAUGUGAUAGUGGAGCGUCUGCCAAGUGCUGAAGAAACUCUUUCACAGAAACAUUUCCUCAUGAAUACUGAAAUCGAAGAGGGAAAAGACCUGAGCCCAACAGAAUCUCAGAUCAGGUGUGAAGGACGAGAUGAAGUUUAUCAUGCUGAUAAGUGUACCGUUGAUAUCGGGGGGCUGAUCAUAGGCUGGAGCAGUCCGGAGAAGAAAGACAGUGAGUUAAUAAACAAAGGACUGGCUGCAGACGAGAAUGCCCCUCCAGGCCGAAGAAGAACAAAUUCGGAGUCCCUCAGACUACACUCGUUAGCUGCAGAAGCCCUCGUCACGAUGCCUAUAAGAGCUGCAGAGCUGACGAGGACCAACCUCGGGCACUAUGGGAAUAUAAACCUUCUAGAUCCGGAUACGGGACAAAGGCAAGUGGAUAGUACAUUGGCAGCAUAUUCUAAAAUGAUGUCACCACUUAAAAACUCUGCAGAUGGAUUAACCACUUUUAACCAAAGCAACUCUCCGUUGGUAGCGCUCCCCGAGGGUAGGCAGGAGUUGUCAGACGGGCAGGUGAAGACAGGCAUCAGCAUGUCCUUACUGACUGUAAUCGAGAAGUUGAGGGAGAGGACAGACCAAAAUGCUUCAGAUGAUGACAUUUUGAAAGAGUUGCAGGACAAUGCCCAGUGCCAACCUAACAGCGAUGCCUCUUUGUCGGGAAGCAAUGUAGUAGAAUACAUCCCAAAUGCUGAUCGGCCCUACCGCUGCCGCCUCUGUCACUACGCCAGUGGUAACAAAGGUUACAUCAAGCAGCACCUGCGAGUCCAUCGACAGCGACAGCCGUAUCAGUGUCCCAUCUGUGAGCACAUAGCUGACAACAGCAAAGAUCUGGAGAACCACAUGAUCAACCACUGUAAAACAAGAAUAUACCAGUGCAAGCGAUGUGAAGAAUCUUUUCAUUAUAAGAGUCAACUAAGGAACCAUGAGAGAGAGCAACACAGUCUUCCAGAUACCUUGUCAGUAACAACUUCUAAUGAGUCGAGAAUUGCCGUUGAUACAGCUGAUGGGAAAUGUGUUCAAGAAGGGAAUAAGUCUUCAGUCCAGAAACAGUAUAGAUGUGAUGUGUGCGAUUAUACAAGUACAACAUACGUUGGUGUCAGAAACCACAGACGAAUCCAUAAUUCUGACAAGCCAUACAGGUGCUCUCUGUGUGGGUAUGUAUGCAGCCAUCCUCCUUCUUUGAAGUCUCACAUGUGGAAGCAUGCGAGUGACCAAAAUUACAACUAUGAACAAGUGAACAAGGCAAUCAAUGAUGCCAUUUCACAGAGUGGCAGAGUUCUGGGGAGGUCCCCUGCAAAGACGCUCUUAAACAGCAGUGAGGAAAGAGCCGAUCCUGUCACUGGAAGUUCGGAAAAUUUGAUAUCCUCCUCAGAGCUGAUUUCCCAGGCUCCUGGCGAAGUUGUAGGUUCCAACGACAAUGAGAAACUGAGCCCUACAAGUAAUACCUCGUACAGUUUAGAAAAAAACUCCAGUCUGGCCCCUCCCAGUAUGGAGUAUUGUGUUCUACUCUUCUGUUGUUGUAUUUGUGGCUUCGAAUCUACCAGCAAAGAAAAUCUCCUGGAUCAUAUGAAAGAGCAUGAGGGUGAGAUCGUAAACAUCAUCCUAAACAAAGACCACAACACUGCUUUAAACACAAAUUAGAUUGAAUACUUGAAGAGGAACAUGGUAGAAGAGAAAUCCUUUAAAGCACGGUUUCACCUUUGCGCUAUCAAAUAACUUGCUAGGCACAGAAAAAAUAGUUGGUGUGGUGUUUGGGUUUUGGGGUUUUUGUUUUGUUUUUGUUUUGUUUUUUUUUGUUUUUGAGGAAGAGACGCAUGUGACUUUGGAACCAAAUUUGCAGUGUAAUAAAAAAAAUUCCUAAUGUUUACUCGGUAAUGAUAUUUAAAGAUUCUGAGUGAAGGAAGUGGGUUGAGGAGGAAGCAAAGAUGUAACCCUGUGUUAGCCCUGUUUCCUCUUCUUAGUGUUGAGUGUAUUUAUUAUUCAAAGCUUAUCAUAGUGUAGAAGUGCAAGCAAAAGAAUUAAGAAAGAGCUUUUCCAGAACUAUUCUAAACCUUCUUGUUACAAAAGUGUCACAGUCUUAAGCAAAGCUAGUUUUCUCCAUCACUCUGAGCUUGGACAUGCCAACUCUAGAGAGACGGGCCCCUUGUGUGGGCUGAGAGGCCACUCUCUGAGGGGUUUUCACGAUCACCAACAGAGUCAACAAGGAAAAGAUCACCAGAGGGCUUUGAAAUGAUCUACCUAAUAAACCUUUCUCCAGAUCCGUAGGAAUUAAUCAUAUACUCAAUCUAAGAUACAUUACUUCUUAAAAAAAGAGACCUCGGAAUCCAAAUCCAGAUUGUAAAUAGGCAUUUAGGAAGUAAAUUAGUGUGUUAAGUUUACAGUGAAUUUCUUGUGGGCAAAGGAGAAAAUAGUUGAAUUCCCACCAGCCUCAAACCAAAUCGGAAGGUUCGUGAGGAUGGGGACUCCUUUGGCACAGCACAUUUCCCAGAGGCUCUUUGCAAGUGUUUGACAGAACACUGCAAUUUUCUCCGCAGCUACACAGGCUUCAUAAUCCCGUCUCCUACACUAGACCAAGCGUGUUACCGCAAAGGUCUAUUCAACCAACACAGUAUGAAAUUUUGCAUUUGAUCAUCAGACCUUGGAAAUACUUGGCUCUCUCUUAAAUAAAAAUCAUUUGAGGGAAGAGGGGAGAAAUUCAAAAGCCCCUUAAAAUGAGUACUGCUGUUGAGAUUUUACUUCCUGGAGUUUAUCAAUCUAGUUGUACUUAGCAUAAGAGGUAUAAUCAGAUGUGGCUAAAUUAUAGUAAAAAUUCAGGUUGUUUAUAAAGCUUUUGAUAACCAACAACAUUUGGCAAGGCUGCAGGGUUUCUCCCGUGUAGAGUAUUCCAUCCUGUUAGUGCGCGGUGGGACGUGCAGAGAGUUAACUACCAGUGCUUCCACAUUAAAACUCGCCAUCAAAUAGAUGUCAUCUUCUCAUUAAUUCCGCAUUCUGCAUUAUAAAUGUAUUUCAAAGUGAAGAGAGCAGGGAUGUUUUUAUUUUUGUUUUGGCUUUUGUAGUACUGAUCAUUUAUUUUUGCAUCAUUCUGUCAAAGUAAAUCCUGCGUACAAGUCUAAAGGCCCGUGCGCCACGCAGUGCACCAUCUUCACGGUGCUCUUUCCGAACCUGAUGUCUAACACCUUCCACUGCUGAGGCUGUAGACUCUGGUAAUCAAACUCAGAAGACAUUGAAAACAGAAUUUUUUGAAUGGAAUACUCUACAGACACAUUUUAGGAAGGAAUUCCCUUCCUGAAGUCCAGGUGUGGAUUGAAUAAAUUAAUAAUACUUUUAAGAUAGCAUCAGGAACUCCUUAGGUGGGGCCAGGCCAUCUUGAAACUUGAAAUUGUUUAAUUUUUUUUUAAUCUCAUUUUGAUGAUGAUAUUUAAGGAGACGGAAUUGACCGUAACUUUGCAGCUGUUUGAUUUAGGUAGCUUUAAUUUAUUUAUGAGAGUUACUCUGUUUCUGAUAAGUGGUCUUUAAAAAGAUAAAAUGAAUUUAUAUAUAUAUUAUAUAUAUAUAUAUAUAUAUAAAUUAUAUUAUCCAGAUUCACUGCAUGUGGAUUUAUAUGUUUUCUUGUUUUCAGAAUUAAAACACAAUUAUAUUUCAUUUCAAAUUUAAAUAAAUAUUCUAAAUAGUUCCAUUUUUAUCACUCACUCUGAAAAUUAACAACCUUUAGUAGCAGGAUUUUGUUUUAUAAAGUUUCCUUGGUUUUAAUUGCAUGUAAUCAUUUAGAAAAUAUUAAUAACCAAAAAAAUCCCAAAAACAUCAAUAGUGAAUUUUUAAAUUACCUUCAGUUCCCUAAACGACUUCUUUUGAUUCUAAAAUUUUCCAUUUAGAAUCAUGGACUUAAAAUUUACCUAACUCAUGAGGAAAAUAUUAACCCAGAAGUUCAAAACCUUUCAGUGUUCGUCUGAUUCUACGCUAAAAUAUCCCUAAACUCCUCUACGGCUAAAGGAGGAACCAUAUACCAUGGACCUUCUGUACCUUCUGGUUGCCAUUUAGCGGCAAGCCUUAAGUGAACAGUGUCUCUACCAAGAACAAUUGAACAUUUCUCAAAGUAAUAAUGAAGGCUAAGUAUGCAAGUUUAGUUGUAGAAGAGAUAGGUAUUAACAAAAAUCAGCAGGAAUUCUCUUGAUAGGCAUAACGUUUUACUUACUGGUAGUAGAUCUUUUGCCCUGUAAAGCUCAUAGUAUUUGCUUUCUACUCAAACACUUUAUGGUUCUAAGAUUUGAUAGUAAAAAUAGUUUUUAAAAGAAACAUACUGGAUGUGAGGCCAAGGUGCGGAGGGGGCAAGACGACGCAUUCUGAUCGUCACAAGUAAUACUUUUCCAGGGGGCCAACAUUUUCUCUCCUCCUCUGAUAGCCUAGAACAUGGUUGGUGGCCCCAGCGUUCUCAUGGCGGCUGCGUGCGGACUUCAGUUCUGUGUCCAGCCAGUGCAGUGUGGGGACACUGACAGAAGCCUUGUUCUAGAUCUCUCAUACUAUUCAAGGUAGCUGUUGGUGGCUUUGUUAUUUUCUCCAUCUUUUCUCACAAAGCAGAUGGUGGGCACCCAUGUUUACAUUGUAUCUUCCCACAAUGUACUUGGCUUGACAAAGACAACAGGUUUCUCUAUUGAGACUUAUUAUAUUUUUAGUUUUCAUAGACACUUAUUUAAUCUUUUUUUAUUGUACAGCAAGGUGCUCUAAGUAAUAUUCUAUAAAAUAUAUUUAAUAGAAAUUUGAGUUUGAUAUUCAUGGACAUGAAUACAUGUAUUUUUUUAAGAAAUGAGUAUUGUGUAACACUAUGGCAUUGCUUCUAUAGCCAAAGUCUAAAAAUUUCUGGAACACUGACAUGUAAAGACUACAGUUAAUUCUGACACUGUAUCUUAUUAAAAUAGGAUGAUUUGCAUUUUGUAAAAUUAUCCUGCACAUCAAGCUGCAUGCCUUAAAGCCUAAAACUCUAGGAUUGUGUUCAUGGUAGAACAGUUUAUCUGUUCAACAAACAGUGAAGCAAGGUCUAUAGUGCUUCUUUAACUACCUUUGGAAAUACUGUACAAUGUUAGAAUAAUUUAUUUUGCUUUACAGGAGUUUGUCAUGUAUUGACUUUAAUAUUGUAUUUUGGUAAUAAAUUUUUUGUUAAAAACA